UCAGAGCAAGUGUUGGCAGUUGAAUUUUAGGCGUUGUCCGAUUCGUACCAGCCUGCUGAGCAUCUUAAAAGUGUUUAUUUUCUUUGUCGCUAUUUAUUCAGUUGACCCCGGUGUAGUUUGAAUUGUUGUUAUUGUCUUUUUUCGGUUAUACGGCAGUGCAUCUGCAAGCUAUCUUUGUGUGACGUUCGUUGGAAAACAAAGUUUCACAUAUCAGCAGAAAGUUGUUUAAUAUAAAAAAAAACCAAAAAUUGUCAUGAGUCAGAACGUUGUUGGUGUGUUCUUGGUGUUGAUCGCAGUUGCGAAUGCGGUGAAGGUGCCGGUAACCAUCUACUAUGAAUCGCUCUGCCCAGACAGCGCAAAGUUCAUUACCGAGCAGGUCUUUCCAGCUGUGAAGGGCGAACUGCGCGACUACGUGGAUAUCAACUGGGUGCCUUUUGGCAAGUCGCAUUUCACAACACAAGGUGCCGAAGUGAUUUUCGAUUGUCAUCACGGUCCAAACGAGUGCUACGGCAAUAAAGUGCAUGCCUGUGCCAUCGAACAUAUUCAGGCCAACUCCUACCAAAUCGAAUUCACCAGAGAAUCACUAACUUUGGACUUCAUCAACUGCAUGAUGAAGGCGGGCAAGAACUUCGAUGACAACGUAUAUCCGGGUGCACGUUGCGCACGUGAAAAUCAUAUUAGCGCCUGGGAAAAUAUCCAGCAAUGCGCCAACACAACUGAAGGCAGUAUUUUACUCAAAAAACAAGGCGAAGCCACCAUGCAAUUCCAAAAUCCAUUGACAAGCGUACCAACUGUUGUCUUCAAGCAGCAAUAUGAUGCCAAGGAAAACGAUCAAGCCAUGUCCAGCUUCCUGAACGUUGUCUGCAAGUACAUUCCUCAACCACAGCCGAAAGUGUGUGCCGCACUUAACUCGGCCGUCGCCACCACUGUUACACCGCUGUUAGCAGCAUUGGCAUAUUUGCUGAUGCGAUUCAUCUAAGCGACGAAAGCUCAGUUUGCAAAGCCGCUGCUACAGGCGGAUACCUCCAUUCAACUUCCAAUUACAAAAAAUUAGUUGAAAUAAAAUUUUCGUGAAUAAUUUUUUUUUUUUUUAAUUUGUAUUUAACGCAAACCAAUCCGUCCAGGUAUUGUGAUUCCAAGUUUUUAUAUUCCGAAAUAAUAUAUUCAUAUGUAUAUUACAAAUGAAGCGUUUUU